CGCGUAUAUCCUUCUUUUUUUUUCAUCUUCUUUUAAUGUCUUUAAAGAAUAAAAUACUCGUUACAAGCAAACAAAAUGGGCAAUCACUUCAGUUUGUUAAAGAUCUCUUCAAGGAAUCGAAUUCACCUUUUCCCGACAGCUUGAUUGAUAAACGAUUGGAAGAAACAAAGGGUGAUAUUACAGGAAUAUCAAUACCUUACAAGAUUGACACAAAAUAUUAUACUGCCAAUGUCGACCUUUGGGUAGAUGAGGUAGAUCAACAAGAGACAGCCAAAGCCUAUAGUCAAAAGGAAGAAGUGAUCAAAGCAGUGGAUUGUUUUAUAUUUGUUAUGAAAGAAACAGAGCAUUUUGAAAGUAUAAAGGUGUGGUUACCAUUUUUAGAACAAGCAGAGCCUAAUAUUCGAAUGUGCAUAAAUUAUGGUUCAAUAAAGGAAGAAAAGGCAGCAGAAAUGAAUGAUUGGUGUUUAUCUCAUGCAUUUGAUUAUGUUGAUAUGAAUGAAGUAAAAUCAGAUGUACCAUUUGAUAAAGUAGGCAUUGCAUUAGCAUUGGAUAUCAUUCAAACCAAUCUCUGGGAAGGAAUGGUGAAAAAGAAGAAAAAGAAGAUGACAGAACAAGAAGAGGAACAGGAUCUGAUACGAGAAAUUCAGGAACUACAGCUAUAUAAAGAAGAAGAAGAAGAGGAUAUGGAUUUACCGUCUCAGUCUGAAAUUAGUGAAAUGCAAAGUAAGCUAUUUGGUUCAAUAGAUGAAGAAGAUGGCUUGGAUAAAACAUUUCAAAUGCUACAAUCGAUGAGAGAACAUGGUAAAACCCUCUCAGACCAAGAAAGACGCAAGAUGGCGGCUCAGGUAGCUCUUUCAUUUGCUGCUCAACUUGGAUUAUAAACUUCAUCUGAUGGCUUCACAUGGAUUCUUGUUGUGUUACUCUUUUGAUCAUUUGCAACAAAAAUAAAUAAAAAGGGGCCCUUUUAUUUAUGAUUUCUCGUGACGAUAAGCUUUAUAAUGGAAUUUCUUUAUUCCCCCCUCUUUUGUGUUUCCCCAUGAGAACCAAUCAUGACUUUUUUAAAAUAACCUACACACUUUUUAUUUUAUUGAAG